GUCUGAACCCUCAUGAUGAAGAGGAGAAAACUGCCUCAGACGGAGUAAAGGAUCGGCCCCGGCAGGGACCUGCAGGUGGAGGUGCAGCAGGAGAACCAUGGUCGCUCUGUGGAGGGUGUGAUCAGCUGGAGGCAGCAGCUCUGGCUCGGGCUGAACUCACAGAGGAAAAACAAGAGAGCAAAGAGGCGAGAAAAGUAAGAAAAUCAAAGACUGAAAGAUGGAUAAUCAAGACAAGGGAGGAGGUACAGAAGGAGGAGGAGGAGGGAAGGCAGAGGGACUGAAGGCCGAGGAGGUCGGUGAUGAAGACAAGAAGACCAAAGACAAACACAACAAGCUGGAGAAGGAGAACGGCGUGAAGGAGCGGAGCAGGGAGGUCCGGAGGGAGAACCGUCGCUUCCAGUGGAGGAGUGGCUGGGCUCUGACCGAGCGCCUCGCCAUCAACGUGUCGGGGAUGCGUUACGAGACCCAGCUCCGCACCCUGGCCCAGUUCCCGGACUCCCUGCUGGGCGACCCCGAGCGCCGCCUCCGCUACUUCGACCCCCUGAGAAACGAGCUCUUCCUGGACAGGAGCCGCGUCUGCUUCGACGCCAUCCUGUACUUCUACCAGUCGGGCGGGAGGCUGCGGAGGCCCGCCAACGUCCCCCUGGACAUUUUCCUGGAGGAGCUGCGCUUCUACGAACUCGGGGAGGAGAUCAUCGACCGCUUCAAGGAGGACGAGGGCUUCCCCAAGGAGGAGGAGAGGCCUUUACCCGCCAACGACUUGCAGCGGCGCCUCUGGAUGCUGUUCGAGUACCCGGAGUCGUCCAGCGGAGCCCGGAUCAUCGCCAUCAUCAGCGUCAUGGUCAUUGUCAUCUCCAUCCUCAUCUUCUGCCUGGAGACUCUGCCUGAGUUCAGGCAGGAGAAGGAGCUGCGGGAGCAAUACACCACCAUACCUCACCCCACCAUAGCCAACGAAACCAUCUUGAUCCCGCCCGGCUUCACGCCCUUCCAGGACCCCUUCUUCAUCGUGGAGACGAUCUGCAUCUGCUGGUUCUCGUUCGAGCUCAUCAUGCGCUUCAUCUGCGCCCCGAGCAAGCCGCACUUCUUCAAGGACGUCAUGAACACCAUCGACUUCUUCGCCAUCAUUCCCUACUUCGUCACGCUCGGCACGGAGCUGGCUAAGGACAAGGGCGCGCAGCCCUCCGUGUCCCUGGCCCUCAUCAGGGUCAUCAGGCUGGUGAGGGUCUUCAGGAUCUUCAAGCUCUCCCGUCACUCCAAGGGUCUCCAGAUCCUGGGCCAGACGUUGAAGGCCAGCCUCCGAGAGCUCGCCCUGCUCAUCUUCUUCCUCUUCAUUGGCGUCAUAAUCUUCUCCAGCGCCGUCUACUUCGCCGAGGUGGACAGCCCCGACACGGCGUUCACCAGCAUCCCCGAGGCCUUCUGGUGGGCGGUGGUGUCCAUGACGACGGUGGGCUACGGGGACAUGUACCCGGAGACGGUCGGGGGUAAGCUGGUGGGCUCCAUGUGCGCCAUCGCCGGCGUGCUCACCAUCUCUCUGCCGGUGCCCGUCAUCGUGUCCAACUUCAGCUACUUCUACCACCGAGAGAUGGAGUGCGAGGACACGACGGAGUACCACCACGUCGCCACGUCGCUCUGGGAGACGGACAAAGAGGACGACAACGAGGAGGAGGAGGAGGAUGAGGACGGACCGGACGAGGGGAACGAGGGCAUGGGAGAUCACGCUCCUCUGUACGGGCAGCAAACCAUCUGUCCUCAGCUCAACGGGACUCUUCUGGCCGGACUCUGCGCUGGACAGGCGACUGGAGAUAAGACGGGAAUAAACUUCUACCUCAGAGAACCUCUGGUCACUCAGGUCUGACUGAGCGGUUUCACACUGACAUUCAACCAGCACCUUGUCGAGGGAAAGGACAGAGCCAAGAUGGCCGCCGGGGGAGAAAACACACAUGUAGACAAAGACUUGGACUGACACAAAGCUCCUGUUUCUGCUUCUGAUGCGAUCAUGGUUUUUACAUUUGAGGCUUUUGCAUGAUUUUAUUUGACACACGGAUACACAGUAAACAUCUGUCUUCUCUCAAUAGGUAAAUAAAACCAGAUCUAUGGAAGAAAACCCUGCAGGUUGUUUAACAAACUGUAAAGGCCUGCUCCUCUAAGAAACCUCUAUGCAGCUGGAAUUAAAAAAUAUUCACUCAGCUGCACAGUAAAGUAGAUUUUUACUGUCUCAAGUUGUUUAGGCACAGAAAUAUUAUAAACAGAAGUGAAAUACUGUUCCUUCUUGCUCAUUUUGAUCAGUGUAAGAAAAUAAGAUCAAUAUAGACAAACAAUAAAUGAUGAUUUCCAUUUAUCUAAUAAUUUCCUAGAAAGUUUCCCAGAAUUGACAAUUGAAAAUUGGAAUUUCCCCAAAGGAAAACCUUGAUUUAAACCCCUGCAAAUAUUCAGUCAUUAUAGAUUUAAUAUUGCAAACUUUAUUCCCUAUAUAUUUCCUCUUUCCUAUAAUUGGCACCAAACAAAUAAAUGCAGUUGUUUCAAGCAAACGUCCUUGAAAGUAUCAGGAAAUCAUUCAAAAAUUAAAAUUAAAUAAAGCUUUACAUGCCUCGGGCUGUGUCAUGUGGAGGUGUCACUAUCUUUGUUUAGCGAAAUAAAUGAGAAAAGCAGGUUAAAAAUCUGAUUUACUGUGCAGCAGGUGGGAUAUGUUUCAUUCCAGGUGGAUAAAGAAAUAUUUGAGGAAUCUGGGAAAGUCAGAAAAGUGUUGUUUAGAUCCAUCUAUCAACGUAGCAAAAGUCUCAAAUGUAAAAAUGAUGGUUGCAUGAGAGGUAUGUCUCUGUUGUUGCAAUGUGGCAGUGAAGAUAUUUAUCUGCCCCUGCACACACAGUACAGUAGCUAAAUGUGCAGUACAGUGGGUGCUGCAGGUGUUGAUGCCCUGUACUUGUCAGAGUUAUGGCAGAAAUGCGGCGCGGUAAUCCUCCGCUGACGAGGAUAACAAAGAGAUCGCUCAUCGGGCGGCGGAGGCGGUGUAGACAGAGUUCAUGUAGUUGGUCCAGAGCCAGUUUGUGUGUUACACAGUUACACGGUGUAAUGGAUACAGGCCUGGAGAGGCGUAGAGAGAAAGCUGAUCUCAGGUCAGUAAAGCUGUAGGGCCUCCGAGUGACAUUUCUGUCCCAGUGGUGAAGCCAAAACUGUGAGUCUGAUGAUCUGAGGCUCAACUAAUCAGCUCUGGAAGAUAAAACUACUCACAGUCACAAAAUGUGGAUAAAUACACAAACUUCCAGCAUCAGAGGGACUCUCAAUCAAAACAAUGACAAAAGAUGGAGAUGAUAGGAAGCGGAUUCCUUCAGUCACUCGGGAGGUUUUUACCAGGAGCCGAAUAAAGCAGUUUCACAUUAAAAAUCGUCUGAGCUGCCACUAACGUUUGCUCAACUUGUUUCUCUGAUAACUUCUGAUCCAGAUGUUCAGGAGGUUUUUAUUAGAAGCCGAAUUAUCAACAGAGGUCUCCUCUUCUUCAAAAUGAACAGGUCAGGUGAUUAAAACCAGUAAAAAUACAAAACAAAGCAGCUUCAUGUUAAAAAUCAGUGUUUUUCUAAUGAUGUUUGGAGGACACAGGACGACUCGGAGGGACUGGGUUUGUUCAGCUUGUUCCUCUGAUAAUUUGAGGUCCAGAUGUUCAGGAGGUUUUAAUUAGAAGCCGAAUCAUCCACAGAGAUCUGAUCCUCUACAAAACAAACAGAUCUGAUGAAAAACACUGAAUAAAGUCGUUUCAUAUUAAAAAUCUGUGUUUCUCUAAUGACAUUCGGCGGCCACAGGACGUCUCGGAGGGGCUGCGAGAACGUUUGCUCAGCUUGUUUCUCUGAUAACUUCAGAUCCAGACGUCUAAUGACUAAAAUCCUUUAUCAGGUUAAAAUAUCUGACCAAAAUCUAACAAAUGAAUCAUAAAAAUGAGGCUUAAACCAAAUAAAACGGACCGUUACUUUUAUUAAAUAAAAAUUAUUAAAUGUAUAUAUAUAUAUAAAACAUCUGUGUAGUCAUUUUUAGACAGAAGAAAAAUGACAUAUGAAACCUUUCAGACCUUUGUGGAGGUCAGAGCAUGAUGAUGGAAACAGUGUUUUUAUCCACAUUUUGCCAAAACUGUGAGUGUUUGGAGGAUUCAGAAAACUUGGAUUAGAUAAUAAUAAUAAUGAUGAUACUACAUUUUAUUUAUAAAGUAUCAAAGACACAACAAAAGGAGAAGUGGAUUACGCUGCAGGAGAGGAAUCCAGUGUUUUUGAAUUCAAGAUCAGUGUGAAGGAGGUGAAUGUUUAAUUCUCAUAAAAAUUUUUUUGUUUGGAGAAAGUAAAAGUGAAAUAAAAGAUUCUUUUCUAAGUUGUUUUGAUUGUGUGGAUGUGGUGUGACCUGCAUAUAUUCUUAGGACAAACGUGGUCGUGUAUAUGUAUAUUUAUGUCUCACUUUAUUUAAUAAAGAUCAUAUUUUAUCAGUCA